UUGUUUAUUUCAACAGAUUCUUCGGAUAUACCUCAAGUAAAAAAAACAACCUUUUACAUAGCUUUUGACUUUUAUAAAGUCAACAAUUAUAAUUUUCACGACCCCGAGUAUUACCCAAUAGAGGAGAUUUCGCGAUCACACCAUCUGUACUCGCCUCAACUAAAUCACGUGUCUUUCAAAUUUGUUUCGGCCCCGCCACUAAGUCAGGGGCGUGAUAUUGAUCCAAGUGAAAUCUGUGAUGCGUAUGAUGUGCUAAACAUGACACACUGCGCAGAGGAGUAUUGUGAAUGCGCACAAGUGAUCACGGUAGAGCUUGGUGAGACGGUAGAAAUUGUUUUGAUUGAUGAGGGAGUGCCUUUCAGUGCGAGCCAUCCAUUCCACCUUCAUGGAUAUUCUUUUUAUGUGGUAGGACAAGAAAAACUUAACAGUUCCACAAGCCUUCAAGAAGUAAUGCAGCUUGAUCAAACUGGAGAUGGUCUUCCACGAAACCUUGAUCACGCUCCACUGAAGGACACAGUAAUCGUACCUGAUGGAGGGUACACCAUAAUUCAAUUCAUCGCUGAUAAUCCAGGAUGGUGGUUCUUACAUUGCCAUUUAGAGUUUCAUGCUGUUAUUGGCAUGGGCCUGCUCAUACACGUAGGUUCUGAUGAUGAUUUACCGCCCGUUCCCGAGAAUUUCCCGCGAUGUGGGACCUGGCCAUCAACUUAUAACCAACCUAUACCACCUACUGAAGGCACAGAACUACCUGCAUGCCGAGGUUAUGGCGGUUCUUUAAAACGUAAAAACUCUACCACAAUUCUAACUUUCUUUACCACGAUUAUAGUUCAUUUUCUUUUUAGUCUUAAUUAGAAUUGUGGUACAACGCGAGGUUCAGCGGAGCUCGAUCACAUCUUACUAAUUAAUGUUGCCGUUGCUGUUAUUGUUGUUGGUUUUUAGUUACUAAUGACCUUAAAAUACUUAUUGCUGUGAUAUAGAAAACCAUGUACAAAUGUAAAGCAAUUCAAAGAUAGCCUGCUUUCUAAGAUUGAUAAGCGUAAUUUUAGGAGGUUUCAAUCUGUAAAAGAUGUAAUGGAGGACCUCAUUUCGUCUUUACAGUGUGUGGGUUAGAAAAAAACAACAGGGGUACCCAAAGAUCCCCCACCAAAUCAGAUUCUAUUUGUUUCAAAUUUUUGUAUGAUUGAAACUCAUUCAUGUACCUUAUAAUCUGACAUUCCGGAUUAUUUUGCAGAUUUUGUAAUAUUCAGGAACGUAAAAAAAUAUGUGAAAAUCAGAGGACAAUGACUUUUAUAUGCUAAAAAAAUAAUAUCGAUCAGUUUAAACAAAAUCUUUCUCUUUGUGAUUGGGAGAGGUAUUUAAUAGCAGAGAUAUAACGUUGCAGUUCUAAUACUACAUCUUUUUCUUCUAUCUGCAAAGCUCCGUUCGUGACUAAUCAGAUUGCAAAAAGAAAGAUAUUAAAAAGAAACCAAGGAAAACAAAAGCAAUUAUGAAAUCAAUAUGUACCGAGCAGAUAGUAAUACCUAUUAAGACAACUUACCGUGACAUUAUGAAGGAGUUCAAGAAAUAUAGUAAUAAGCUAACUACAGUACUGAAUAAUUCAAUUCGUAAAUAUUACAGUAAGUUGUUAUAUUACAACCUAUGUGACAUAAGCAAAACAUGGAAAUUGAUUGGUAAGAAACAAGCGUCGAGAAAUACUGAGGCAGACUGCCCCCCCCCCCCCCUGACGAGUCACAAGCAAUAAAAAAGGGUAAUAUAUAAAAAAGGAGCAAUAUCCACGUCAGAAGAACCAAAAAGAAAGUGAGUAAAAAAAAAGGUGCACGAUACGGACCGGUGCCUUUGCCACGCUGACCUAGACAGCUUGGUAUAGGCUGCGCCGGGCCUUCAGCAAACAGACCAGGCCCACUGAACAGUGGCCAGGCCGGUUACACUUCGUUAUUCCGAAGGAUCGUAAUUCCGAAGGUUCUUUAUUCCGAAGGUUCGUAAUUCCGAAACACGUAAAUUGCCUAUACCUCGAUGUUCGUUAAUCCGAAAACGUAAAAGUGUUCGUUAACCCGAACAUUUGUGGCGUUAUUCCGAAGGUUCGAUAAUCCGAAAACGAAAUAAGCUUCGUUGUUCCGAAGGUUCGUUAAUCCAAAAACAAAAUAAGGUUCGUUGUUCCGAAAGUUCGUUAGUCUGAAAACGAAUUAAGGUUCGUUAAUCAUUUCGUUUUCGGACUAACGAACCUUCGGAAUUUCGAACCUCAUUUCGUUUUCGGAUAAACGAACCUUCGGAAUUACGAACCUCACUUCGUUUUCGGGCUAACGAACCUCACUUCGUUUUCAGAAUAACGAACCUUCUGAAGUACGAACCUUCUGAAUAACGAAGCUUCGGAAUUACGAAUGUAUGCGGGCCAGGCCAAGUGCACUACGCCGCGGCGCGCCGGCUGGCCCGACCACACAUAAACGCUUGUACGUAUGUCGCACUCGAUCUAACCCAUAGAGUUAACUCUACGAGCCGCUGCGAGCUGUUCGUGCAUGCGUUUGAAAAAAAAAUCUAUAAUUCAGGUAAAUGAUUUACUAGAGCCAAUUUUUGGUUAUAUGAACCUCUAAAUACUCAAGAUUAAACAGUCUGUUGAAUAAAUUUACUAGUCAACCUUUUGAUCGAUUUCAAGAGGAUAGUUAAGAUCACAUUUUGCACAUGUGGCUUAGCAAAUGAGCCAAAUUCAUCACAAUAAAUCCACCAAAAAUAUCAAUGCUUUCACAUUCAAAAUGUUUUUCUAUUCUUUGUGACAUUAAAUCAGAUAUCUUUAACAAGA